AUGCAGAUCCCAACUGCGGUUUGGAUUUACACUUGCCUCCCUCUACAGCCUAUUGAGUUUACAAUGGCAAUUUGCACCAUCUGCAGCAACGUGGUCGUGGCGUUAUAUCCCAAACCUGACGGACUAGAGCCCCAGCAGAGCACUAAGGCGACUUAUCCAUCGUACGAUGCAGCUGCAGUACAGAGUUGCUGGAUCUGCUCCAAGUUCGCCGACUGGCUGAAGGAUGACGAUGACGAAGCUUGGCAAGCGUGGUUUCAAGGCCCUCUGACGAAUGUAUUCCAGGUCGAAACAGGCGCUUUGAUUGGAGAUGGAUCCUCUGAUCCUAGUUCUGUUGACAUGGAAGAGGAUCUCCCCGCUGACAGUAUCGGCCGGCGCAAACUUCGCAUCAGUAGCAUGUUCCUAUGGCGCUGCCUUGAUGACGAAGAAGUUGGAUGUGAAAUCCAGCUAAACUUCCUCAGAGAUACAGAUUUUCAGGGCCCGGAUAUGUAUGUCAACCAGAGGAGCACACCCGGCGUGGAUAUCGGAAGGGUCCGUGAAUGGAUCAAGGGAUGCGAGAAAGACCAUAAAAAUUGCGUCUUAUCCCAUCAAAUCUGGUACCCAACCAGACUGUUGGAUUUGGGGAAGCCAGGAGCCACCAUGAGACUCAUCAUCGCCAAAGAGACCUCACCUACCGGACCGUACAUGACACUGAGUCACAGAUGGGGGAAACAUGUCUAUGAGCAGCUCACUUCUCAGUCGGAAGGCCGCUUUAAGGCGUCUAUCGACAUUUCGACACUGCCACGAGUUUUCCAAGAUGCAAUCGACAUGACCCGCAAACUCAAUGUUCGAUACUUGUGGAUCGAUUCGCUGUGCAUCAAGCAAGAUAAAGAGUGUGGAGACUGGAAGGUUGAGGCCUUGCAGAUGGGCAAUGUGUAUGCUCACUCAUACCUAAACUUGUCAGCGUCAUAUGCAACCGAAGGCAAUGACCCCCCGCUCUUCGCCCCCGGGCCGUUGGACAACACUUAUCCAUGCCAGCUGGCAGUGGAAUGUGAUGGGCCGUUGAAGAAGGACUAUGUGCUAGACGGAGACCUCUGGGCGGAUGAGGCUCUUGAGGCGCCAUUGAUGGGCAGAGGCUGGGUCUUCCAAGAACGGUUUCUUGCCCCGAGAGUUUUACACUUUGGUAAACGGCAGCUGGCCUGGGAGUGCAAUGGACUGGACGCGCUGGAGAUGUUUCCUCACGGCUUGCCCAAGGGCUUGGGAACGUUUUCGAAGCAGCAAGUGCACCUAGCCGUAACUCUCCCAAAGGAAAGUACUAGACAGGCUGAUUUCUGUCGAGUUUGGCACGACCUGGUCUCAAAGUACUCGGCUUGUUCUCUCACCUUCCCAUCGGACAAGUUGGUGGCUUUUGCAGGCGUCGCCAAGAUGAUAGAAGCCAACCGGAGAGACGAGUACAUUGCUGGUGCAUGGCAGAGCACCUUCUUGGUCGACUUGGCUUGGUUUCUUACCGAGUAUAGAGAAGGUUUGACUCCAGUCAGUGAGACAGCAAGCCGCGCCCCCAGCUGGUCAUGGCUCUCCCUGGAUGGGGAGAUAUGCUUCUAUCCCAAGAUUCCUGGGGCUGACAAACUUACUACAUUUGCCAGCGUUCUGGACACACCAGCUUCCGAUAGCGUGGGAAGCUCGGCGUUGGUUGCCCACGGAGCCAUUCGUUUGGAAGGGCUGCUGCUUCAAGUUGAAGACGUAAUCUAUGGGGAGUCGGAAAAUGUGGUCAGGAAGUUCACUGUGUGCGGGCACGAGUUUGAACAAGGACCUAGCCCAGAAUCUACGCGCCUGGACCCGGACGGACCCAAGUCUGACAUUGAACGCCUUAUCGGGAAUGAGAAUUUGUGGUUUGUUCCCUUGUACGCGAGCCAAGUCGCCAUAGUCGCCAUCCUGGUUUCUGCAGUUGGUACAGCGGGCGAUUAUCGUCGUGUCAGUGCAGCUCAGAUCCAGUGCCUCAAGAUCCCGCACAAGAGUGAAGGACCCCAUUUGGAUGGUUGGACGCCACUUAGUGGGAGCUCUGCUGUUGUUCAUAAGGUUGCUGCGACACUGUAUCAUGGCAUAGAGAAGGAAUUGGAAGACGACGAAGAUGUAUUUGAUCUGAUCUGA